AUGGAUAUCCACCGCUGUCGUUUCGUACCAUACAACCCGCAGGCCAUCAAUGCGCUCGCAUUUUCCCACCCACCGUCCGUCGAACUAGGCGGAAAAGGUGUGCCUACCCUCCGCCUCGCAGUUGGACGCGCCAACGGCGAUGUCGAGAUUUGGAAUCCCGCGCGCGGCGCAUGGUUUCAGGAGACAAUCCUCCGGGGCGGAAAAGACCGGAGUAUCGAGGGUCUAACUUGGACGCUUGACCCGCCAGAGCCAGGGCCAGAUGGACAAGCGAAGCAAGCGGGCCGCCUGCGCCUUUUCAGUAUCGGAUACUCGACAACCGUGACGGAGUGGGAUUUGGAGCAGGGGCGCCCGAAGCGCCACUCCAGCGGAAACUACGGCGAGAUGUGGUGUCUUGCUGCGCAGCCGCGAUGGCAGCCGGUCAAGGGGCGGGAUAACAAGCCGAUGCCGGCCGCGGAGGGGGAGUUUACGGGACAGCAUUUGGCUGCUGGCUGUGCGGAUGGGUCGAUUGUGCUGCUGUCGACUGCGGACGAUGACUUGAAGUUCCUACGGACGCUGAGGCCGUCGACGAAGAAGCCGCGCGUGUUGAGCGUUACCUUCCAGAACCGGAAUACGAUUGUUGCGGGUUAUGCGGAUAGUUCGAUUCGCGUCUUCGAUAUUCGGAAUGGGCAGCUUCUGCGUACGAUUAGUCUCGGUAAGGGUCCGACGGGCGGGUCGAAAGAGUUGCUCGUUUGGUCGGUCAAGUGUCUGCCGGAUGGGACCAUUAUUUCUGGAGACUCUGCGGGUGAAGUGAGGUUCUGGGAUGCGAAGAACUAUUCUCUUAUCCAACGGCUGCAGGGCCAUUUGGCGGAUACCCUGGAUGUUGCGGUGAGCGCGGACGGCGAGACGGUCGUUAGCGGUGGUGCGGAUCAGAGGACUGUUGUCUACAGGAAGAAGCCUGGUGAGAAGGGCGACAAGAGCAGCAGAUGGACAGAGGUGACGCAUCGGAGAUACCACACGCAUGAUGUGAAGACAUUUGCUGUCUACGAGACCAAAAACCUUAGUGUUGUGGUUUCCGGAGGACCUGAUGCCAGCCCCGUCGUCCUGCCCCUACGAGAAUUCGGAAAAGAGCACCACCGAAACCUCCCAAGCCUCCCCCAAGUACCCCCUGUCGUUUCCGCGCCUUCCUCCCGGCUGGUAAUGAGCUUCUGGGACAGAGAGGUCAACAUCUGGCGGGUGUCUCGUGGCCCUACCUCAGUGCACGACGUUCCCGAAGGACAAAGGCACCGCUUGGUCGGGAAGGUUAUGAUUCAGGGCGAAGAAAACAUCACCUCCGCAGCUCUCUCCACAGACGGAAAGAUUCUCGUGAUCGCCACAAUCUCCAGCAUCAAGCUCUUCUCCGUACGCCGCCGCAAAGGCGACGAACGCGGCACACUCCGCGUCCAGAAAAUUGAUACGCCCACCUCGAUCUCUGAAGACGGUGCCCGCCUUGUCACAGUCUCCCCGGACAGCCGAUGGCUCAGCAUCGUCCGCCCCAACAGCGACAUCUCUCUCGCCCGGAUCCAGCCUGCCUCGUCCACACAAGAGAAGACCACGGUUCUCCCCAAGCUCGUGAACCUCUCCCGCGCGCCCCGCCACACCCGCUUCGAGAACAUUUCGCACGGAACCCUAGGCAACUACGAGCGAACCAUCCGGUGCGUCGUCUUCUCACACAACAGCAAGAUCCUCGCGACCGGCGAUAUCUCCGGCUGCAUCGACACCUGGACGCUCGAAGCAGCCACCGAGCAGACAAAACCCGGCAAAAACACAUCCGAGUCUGACUCUGACGACUCCGAUUCCGACGACGAAGACGACUCCCCCAUUAUCGAAGGCGAGCGCUGGCGCGCAAUCGCCACGGACUCCCCUAUCCCGCGUCUCAAGUCCACCGUCGCCCUCCUCUCCUUCCGCCCUACCCCCACCAACACCUCCCUCCUCACAAAUGGCACAGCACCCGAAGACUCAGAAUCCCGCCUCAUGGCCCUCACAACAGAACACCAGUUCGUUGAGAUCGACGCCCGCGAGGGCAAACUCUCCGAGUGGUCCCGCCGUAACCCCAAGGCCUUCCUCCCGAGCGACUUCAAGGGCGUCAAGGACCGCGCCAUGGGCUGUCUCUGGGACCUUUCUGACUCCCGCGAGCGUCUCUGGCUGUACGGCACAUCGUGGCUGUGGAUGUUCGACCUGAAGCACGAUUUCCCGUCGAACGAGGAACUGACCGAGGCUGCGACGGCGGAGCAGAAUGGCAGUGACAACAAGAAGCAGAAGCAGAAACAGUCGCAGAAGCGCAAGCGCGAGGCCGCUGACGAAAACGUUCCCGGCAAGAAGAGCAAGAAGCACAACUCCGGUGCGGGUAGUAAAAUCCCGCUUGAGCAGUCCGGUGUCCUCUUUGACUCCAAUGCUCGGACUUUCGUUGGGCCGGAUGCCUCGCAGGGUGAGAUUAUCUCACUUGAGGGUGAGAAGGAGCGUGAUCCGGAGGAGGAUGAAGAAGAGGAGCAGGAGGAUAACGAUGUCCGGCUUGCGAAGCUGCGAAGGGAGAACGCGAACACCGGCGCCGCUGGUGCUUCUAAGGAGCUCGUCAAGUCCGAACCGGCGCGUCGAUGGUGGUAUACAUACAAGUACCGCGGGAUUCUGGGGAUUGUCCCCUUGAGUACAGGUGAUGAUGAUGAGCCCGCGGAGAACACCGGGUCUGGGUUAGAAGUCGCUGUCGUCGAGAGGCCAAUGUGGGACGUUGAUCUGCCAGACCGAUAUGUGCGCGAAUACGAGUAG